UAAGUUUUAUAGGCAGUCUUUUGUAGACGUUCAUCGAUCCUCGGGGCUGUUUUGUGCGGAUUCGAACGCUCUCAUAUCUUCCCAUAGGGUGCUGGCAAUGGUUUCUUCCGUUUCCGAGGCAACGUUCCGCAACAAGCGCAGGCAGUUCCGCGAGCUGAGCAGCAAGCACCCUCCACCCGCAUGCUAUCUGCUGGCUCCUGGUUCUACCAGCCCUGCGGUGUGACCCGGACUUGAGCUGGGGUUCUGAGCUCGGUUGUGGGAUCAGGUGCCUUUGGAGAGGUGACACCGGGUACCCUAAAUACCCGCCUACUUCAAGUCUCCUUCCCUGAAAGGAGUAACUUUACAUCAAUUUAGUCCAAACUGUUUGACGAGAACUUGUGUGGAAUUCCAUUUUUUUCUUUCUACUUGAAUGUAAGCCAAGUGUGUGCUUUUUAUUAAAGUCUCAGUUUCUUACUUCUACCAGUGAGCCUUCUCGGUAGGUUGGAGGUGUUUACAAUUCCUCUGUUAAAGGUUGGAUGAUUCUUCGUGUUGCUGAAGAGCUAAGUGGGGUGUAUGUAGUGAGGGAGUUCGAGGAUUUUGCUAUAAAAGAGCAGAAUUAAGAAACUGUCUGAAGUAACCACCACAAGAAGCAAUCAUGCCUGUAGAAGGAGGAGGGAAAACAGAUAUGGAGAGGGUUGGCCUCUUCAGCGAGAUGGAAUAUACUACUGUGGGUGAUAAAUAUGUGUCACAAUUUAAUCGACCCUUUAAUGAGGCUGCAAGCAAAAAUAGACAAAUGCUACCUGGGGGAUCCAAAGAAAUGUCAAAUCUCCAGGCAGGUUACUUUGAUUCCCAGUUCACAAGGAUUUUUGAAGGGGAAGGCUACGUGAACCUGAAUCAAGUGAGGAGACGGCAUAUGAUGUUGGAAGCCAAAAAGAAUCUAGGCAAAGCCUUCAUCCCUAGUAGUGGUGAGAAAAAGCCAAGUGGAUUAGGAAGCUACUAUGGAACAAUAGGUGGUCCCAUCCCCUUCUUCAGUGCACAGCUUAAGCCCAGGGACAAAUAUGAGCCCCCCAGAAAGAAUUUAUAUACCAACCCAGGAAAAAAAGGAACUGGAUAUGGCUAUGCAAAUGUUACCAUAGGCCAACAGUUUUCACACUCUGCUGAUUUUUAUGAUGCCCCAAAACUAAAUUAUAAGAAAGACACUGAGGAUCACCACCGGUUACUCAAAGGGUCACCAUUCAAGUUGAAUCUUCAUCCGAGGGACUAUUUUGACACUAAUCCUUAUUUCCUGGAAAAACCUUUACCUCCAAUUAGAAGAGAAAAGAAGAAAGAAGUACGUUUAAAGCCUUUUAAGCCCUCUUCUCCUGGUAAAAAGCCUGGUGGAAUGAAGGCGGGAACAUUUGACCCUUACCCAUUACACUCUGCUGAUCCUUAUGUGGUUAAAUUGGGAAAGAUUACUGGAAAAACUGAAAAGAUUUUCCAUCCACCAAAUGGUCCAAAAAGCAGACCCAUUGAAAGUAUAGUGGCGUUGAACAUCAGAAGGACACUAAAUAUGAAGAACUACAAGACUGCUUCAGCAGAGUUAUUUGGAAGACAAUUGGUUUUCUAGAUCCUGACUACCAGUAACUCAUCUUAAAAUAUUACAGAAUAGAUCAAGCAUUUAAAAGAAAUUUAAACCUGCACUCAAUGCCAA